AUGUGCAUCUGGUGGCAAAGAGCCGAUUGUGUGAAGAGGACUCAGUUCUCAGUUUUAGCGGCUCUGAGAAUCCCGUCCUUUAUUCCGUAUUUCACACAAUUAAGCCACCAAACACUCCAUGAUGUUUGCAUUUUUCCUUUCUUGUUGUAGUAUAACAGAGUUUGGAUCCCUGAUGCUGAAGAGGUUUGGCAGUCGGCGGAAAUUACAGCUAAUUAUAGGUCUGGAGACCAUAUUCUUCACCUCCAGCUGGAAGACAGCACAGAGCUGGAUUACCUCGUGGAUCCUAGUGCUUUGCCACCUUUACGAAAUCCGGAUAUUCUUGUUGGAGAAAAUGACCUCACAGCUCUUAGUUAUCUCCACGAACCGGCCGUUUUGCACAACCUUAGAGUUCGCUUUGUGGAGUCCAGGCUGAUCUACACCUAUAGCGGGAUAAUUUUGGUCGCCAUGAACCCUUACAAAGAGCUGCCAAUUUACGGGGAUGCCAUCAUUCAUGCUUAUAGUGGUCAAAAUAUGGGAGACAUGGAUCCCCAUAUCUUUGCGGUGGCGGAAGAGGCUUACAAGCAAAUGGCAAGGAACGACCGAAAUCAAUCGAUUAUUGUAAGUGGGGAAUCGGGAGCGGGCAAAACAGUUUCUGCUCGAUACGCCAUGAGAUAUUUUGCGACAGUCAGCAAAUCUAGCAGCAACGCUAAAGUCGAGGAUAAAGUGUUGGCGUGCAAUCCGAUAACAGAGGCGAUUGGAAAUGCUAAAACUACUCGCAACGACAACAGCAGUCGCUUUGGAAAAUACAUGGAAAUCAGUUUCGAUAAGAAGUACCAGAUCAUUGGGGCAAAUAUGAGAACAUACCUGCUCGAGAAAUCCAGAGUUGUUUUUCAGUCAGAAAAUGAAAGAAAUUACCACAUAUUCUAUCAGCUAUGUGCAUCGGCUCCGAGAGCAGAAUUUAAGCAUCUUCAGCUAGCAAGUGCUGAAGAAUUUAAUUAUACCAACAUGGGUAGAAACAUCGCCAUUGAAGGAGUGAAUGACCUGGCCGACAUGAAAGAAACUCAAAAAACGUUCAGCCUGCUAGGCCUUAAGGAAGAUUUCCAGAUGAAUGUUUUUAAAAUACUCUCCGCUAUUCUUCAUUUAGGCAAUGUACAGAUCCAUGCUGCUGGCGAUGAAAAGUCUUUUGUUAAUGUGGAUGACAAACAUCUUACUAUAUUUUGUAAACUCCUGGGAGUUGAAAGUGAUAAAAUAGCUCAGUGGCUUUGUCACAGGAAAAUUAUUACUACCUCUGAAACCGUAGUAAAGCCAAUGACGAAACUCCAAGCUGUAAACGCCCGGGAUGCUUUGGCAAAGAAGAUUUAUUCUCAUCUUUUUGAUUUCAUUGUGGAACAAAUUAACAAGGCCUUGCAGUUUUCAGGCAAACAACAUACCUUUAUUGGUGUUCUGGACAUUUAUGGAUUUGAAACUUUUGAUCUGAAUAGCUUUGAACAGUUUUGCAUCNACCUUUUCGCUUUAGUCAGAAAAUGA